AGAGAGUAUUUAUACAAGGCAGUGGCGGGACAGUGAACAUUUCUAGACGAGACGUCUCGGCACAAACUUGGCCUGUGCUUUACGCCCUGCUAUUAAUUUCCUACACCUAAACUUCUGUGGCUGAUAGUAACUCUCUUGGACGAUAAAUUACGUGACAGGCAUGGCGGACCCUGGUGUGACGGCGCCGCUGCGCAAGGACCGCAAGGCGACGCUGCCACGCAUCCAAAACUUCAUCUCGUCGCGGCGCUUCAAAGACGUGAACCUCGUGACGCGACUGUACCCCGACGCGCGAACAGCCACUCUGUCGUACUGGUCGGUGCCGGGGGGCGAAGGGGCCUGGGUGAACUACCCCUUCUCUGAGGUGAUCAAUCAAAGUUUCACUCCCACUGCUCUGGGCGCGUCAUUUGGACCCACUUGGUCCACCACCUGGUUCAAGGUGGAGCUCCAGCUGCCGUCCACCUGGCAGGGACGCCGCCUUCACUUCAGGUGGAACUCCGACUCUGAGGCGACGUUGUGGAGCGUGGACGGCAGGGUGCUGCAGGGUCUGUCCUCGACCAUCGACAACCAAGUGCGUACAGACUACCUAAUCACCAACAACUACGACGGCAGCUCACCUACGCUCACCUACUACGUCGAGAUGGCGGGCAGUCGCAUAAAAGGCACCUACACCGACGACCUCAUUGAUCCUCCACCCCCCGACAUGAUGUUCACGCUGCACAUGGCUGAGGUGGCUGUCAUGGACACUCUCACCGCCAAACUCAUGCACGACCUGGCUGUGCUCAGCCAGCUGGCUGACGAAUUGCCUGAUGACGUCAGAGGAUACGCUGCUCUCUUCACUGCCAACCAGAUGGUCAACUCAAUCAUCGCAGGCCAGGAGCAGUCAGCGAGCGCCUUGGCGGAUGCCUACUUCACCAAGGGCAACGGGGCCCGCGCCCACCGCCUCGCCGCUAUCGGCAACUGCCACAUCGACUCGGCGUGGCUGUGGCCGGUCAGCGAGACCAAGCGUAAGGUGGGGCGGUCCUUCGCCAACCAACUCGCGCUCAUGGACCAGUACCCUGACUUCAUCUUCGUCGCGUCACAGGCGCAGCAGUGGGCCUGGUGCAAGCAGUACUACCCGGAGCUCUUCGACCGCGUCAAGGCUCGGGUGUCGGAGGGGAGGUUCCUGCCCGUGGGUGGCACGUGGGUGGAAAUGGACGGCAACAUCCCCAGUGGGGAGAGCUUCAUACGCCAGUUCUUGCACGGCCAUCACCUCCCAAAACAUGGGCUAUCACUCUACCUGGCGCAGUCAGUACCCCUUUACCCGUCCCUCAAGCACAUGGACUUCUGUCAGCAUAUGGGGCUGUCGCGGUUCCUGACGCAGAAGAUGAGCUGGAGCUUCGUCAACAAAUUCCCCCACCACAACUUCACCUGGCGGGGUAUCGACGGGUCUGAGGUGCUCGCUCACUUCCCCCCGGGGGAGAGCUACAGCAUGAGUGGCACGGUUGCGGGAUGCCCNGAACACGGCACCUACACGACACAGGUGAGAACACGGCACCUACACGACACAGAACACGGCACCUACACGACACAGGCGGCUAUGAAGCGCUUGUGCCGCGCGACGGAGUUCGCCUUGCGUGACGCUGAGCUGCUGCUGUGCGUCGCCGCCGCGGGGGCUACUGCCGGGGACCUGCUUGCUAACUCGCUGCCAAAGCUGGACGGUGCGUGGAAGAAGCUGCUGCUAAAUCAGUUCCACGACAUCGUGCCGGGCUCCGCCAUCGGCAUCGUCUACGAAGACGCCACCAUCGCCUACCAGGAGGCCAACGCCGCCAUCUUGAAUGUCUGGAAUGACUCAUUGUCCGCCAUCUUUGGAGGCGGAGCCAAGGACCAAGUGGUUGCCUUCAACACGCUGCAGUGGGGUCGGCGAGAGGUGGUCGACUUGGCCGCCCUCAAGUCGGCCAUAACUUCUGAAGGUUUGGCCGGAGAAAGAGCGGCCAACUACUCCCUUGUGUCUGCUCCUGCAUUUGGUUACGCAGCCGCCGACCCUGUCACACCAGACCAUCCCGUCACUCUGGAAACAUCCAAUGGAAGCUUCGUGCUGUCCAACGGGCUGGUACGUGUCGUCAUCUCCAGCACGGGUCAAGUGACGAGCCUGACCGUGGACGGGUCAGACAGGGACGUGUUCAGGACGGUGGACGGGACGACGUCCACUGGCAACCGUAUUCUGCUGUACGACGACCAGCCGUUGUACUGGGACGCCUGGGACGUCAUGGACUACCAUCUCGAGACCGAGACCUGCCUCAAUGACCAGGCGGUGGGCACCCCGGUGGUGGUGCAGGAGGUUAACGCCCUGCGGUGCUCCGUGUCCUGGGGCUGCUCCGUGGGGCGCGAGUCUUCCCUCCUACAGGAGAUCUCCCUCACCGCAGACUGCCCCUACGUCACCUUCACCACCUCCGUCAACUGGGCCGAGAACCGCAAGCUGCUCAAGGUUGGGUUCGACACGAGCCUGCUGGCGACCUACGCGACCUACGACACGCAGUUCGGGUCCCUGACUCGCCCCACGGUCGUCAACACGUCGUGGGACUCCGCCAAGUACGAGGUCUGCGGUCACAAGUACGCAAGCCUGACGGAGGGCGACUGGGGCGUGGCUGUGCUAAGCAGCAGCAAGUAUGGCUGGAGCGGCCGCGACUCCACGCUGACGCUGACGCUGCUCAAGGCGCCCAAAGCUCCUGAUGCUGACGCUGACAUGGGCGACCAUUCCUUCUCCUACGCCCUCAUGCCCUACCAGGGUCCCCUGCAAGGCAGCGAAGUCGUGCAGCGCGCUUAUGAGUUCAACAACCCCGUGAGGCUGGAACUGCUCCCUAGGACCGCGGUACCCACAGGCACGUCGGUGUCGUGGGCGGGUGUGCGGGGGGCGGGGGUGGUGCUGCACACCGUCAAGCCCGCCGAGGACGGCAGCGGCGACGUCGUCCUGCGCGUCUACGAGAGCGCGGGCACCCGCGGCGCAGCCACUGUUGACAUAUUACUGCCGGUGACGGGAGUGUGGGAGUGUGAUGGCAUGGAGACAGUAGGCAACGCUGUCAAUUUCACAGUAAACGGCAACACGGCAACUUUUACUGUCAACAGCUCGCCGUACUGCAUCAAGGCUUUCAGGAUCAGCUUCUGAAAAUCUGGUCCUAUAAUUUCAAAAAAAAUUAAGAUAUCGUAAGUUCAUCAGCCAAUCAUUGA